AACAACAAAGUAAGCAUCCAAACCAGGAAGUUCAUGACCAGUAGACUACUUCAACGGAAAGGAAUGGUCAUUGACGUCCCUCACCCUGGGAAGGCAACAGUACCCACGACAGAAAUUUGGGAAAAACUAGCCAAAAUGUACAAGACCACACCAAAUGUCAUCUUUGUAUUUGGAUUCAGAAUCCAUUUUGGUGGUGGCAAGACAUCUGGCUUUGGCACGAGUUAUGACUCCUUGGAUUAUGCAAAGAAAAAUGAACCCAAACAUAGACUUACAAGACAUGGCCCGUAUGAGAAGAAAAAGACCUCAAGGAAACAGCAAAAGGAAUGCAAGAACAAAAUGAAAAAAGUUAGGGGAACUGCAAAGGCCAAUGCUGGUACUGGCAAAAAGUGA